CCAAUCCAAGCAUUUUUGAAUAUUCAAGUAAUCAAUAAUCAAUAAUCAACAAUGGGUUCCUCAAACCUCUUCCUCUCAUUCUCCCUCUCGAAACUUAUCCUCCUCCUUGCUCUCCUAACGCCAACCAUAUCUGCUGCAAACUCGAAUCACUUCACAGAAUACAUCGGCGCCUCGUUCAAUGGCGUCGCGUUCACCGACGUGCCCAUCAACCCGAACGUCGACUUCCACUUCAUCCUGGCCUUCGCCAUCGACUACACGGGCGGCUCGUCCCCCGCGCCCACCAACGGCCAGUUCAACAUCUUCUGGGACUCCAAUAACCUCUCCCCCUCCGCCGUCGCCGCCAUCAAACAGAGCAAUCCGAACGUGAAGGUAGCAGUCAGCCUCGGCGGCGCCACCGUCAGCGGCCAGCCCGUGAACUUCAGCCCUACCUCCGUCGACUCCUGGGUCAGCAACGCCGUCUCGUCUCUGACGAGCAUCAUCCAGCAAUACAACCUCGACGGCAUCGACGUCGACUACGAGAACUUCCAAUCCGACCCCAGCACCUUCACGCAGUGCAUCGGGCAGCUUAUAACGACCCUGAAGCAAAAUGGAGUGAUCUCGUUCGCUUCGAUCGCUCCCUUCGAUAACUCCGACGUGCAAACCCACUACCAAGCACUGUGGGCUAGCUUCGGCAGCGUGAUCGACUACGUGAACUUCCAAUUCUACGCCUACGGCCCCAGCACGACGGUGGAUCAAUACCUGAGCCAUUACAAUGAUCAAACCGCGAACUACAACGGGGGGACGAUUCUCGCGAGCUUUACGACGGAUAAUAGCCCGAAUUCGUUGUCGGCGGACACCGGGCUUAGCGCGUGUGAGAGUUUGCAUGCUGAGGGGAGCCUCCCGGGAAUAUUCAUAUGGUCCGCGGAUGACUCCAAAAGUGAAGGGUUUACUUACGAAACACAAGCUCAGGCAUUGUUGACUAGUUAAUCAACAAGUUAAUUAUUAUAUAUACUUCACAAUAAAGCACGUAGAAUUAAUUGUGGUUUGUUGGAAAAGAAUAAGUGCUAUAUUAUGUAGUAUUAUGAGCUAGUAUGAAUGAAAUAAGAUGCAAUUAAUUCUACCAGAUUGUUGUUAUUAAUUAUUAUUAUUAUUAUUAUUAUGGAAUAAAGUUCAAUUUGCCUUAA